AAUUUUUAACUCAACUCAACACAAAAAAAAAACAAAUAACAUAAACAACAGCAUAGCACGUAAAGUGCGUUACUACUAUCUCCAAUGAUUUGUUGUUGUCAUUGUUUUGUAUGUAAUUUUGUAAUUUUGCUCUCUGAGAAAAAAGACACUGUUUUUUAGUUCGCUAGCAAAUCGUAUAUUUAUUUAUAUAAAUAAGGAGCACACAUAUGAGAAGUACACACGAGAAGAAUUAAGCAAAAAAAAAAAAGAAUAUUUUCAAGUAAAAUAAGACAAGCAUCAACAUAAGAAUACGUAUAAACAAACAACAGCAGCAACAUUACAAAAGGUCUCCGUUUUAUUCUUCACCGCAGCUUGCUGCUGUCAACAAAGUAAGAAAAAUGGAUAUGGGUGAUAUGGUGUGUGAAGUGUCAGCAGUAGUCCAAGCAAAUACUGAAUCAACAGCAGCGUUGGCUGAAGCAGCAUCAGAAGCAAAAGCAGCGCCAUCUUCAUCGCCAACAGCAUCAGCAUCAACAUCAGCAACAACAACAGAAACAUAUAACAAAAAGAAGAACAGAAGCACAACAAAUAACAACAAUAGCAAUGCAUGCUCAAUUACAAACUCAACAACGAAUAUCAUCAUCGACACCAUCUCCACCACCAAUGUUGCUACUACUACUUCUGCUGCUGUUGUUGCUGUUGCUACUACGUAUGAUUGUGAUUUUAACAUAUUGGAUUUAUGUCGAAACUGCGGCAAACCGAAUCAAGAGCUACAUUAUCUCUUUCCAAAUAUUAAUAAAAUCGCUAAUAAAAACACAACAGUCGUAACACCAGCUAAAACUACCUCCAGCGAUAUUUCAAAAACUACCACUACAAAAACGUCAACCAGUUCAACUGAUGGUGAUGCUUCUACUCUUGCCGCUGCUACUGCUGCUGCUGCUGCCGCUGCCGCUACUAUUAAUAACGUUUCGAACUCAACCGCGGCAUCAACGGCAUCAACAACAACAAUAAAAACAGCAACAACAACAUGCUCCUCCUCGCAUGCAAAUAGCAUCGCUACUACCCGCCAAGAGCUGUUUAAUAUGGAACAUAUAGUGGAAGAAAUGCAAAUUUUUCAGUUGGGGGUUGAAUAUGAAGACGGUCUUCCACAGUCCAUAUGUUCACUAUGUGCUAGUAAAUUUUCUAUGAUACGCAAAUUUCGACUGAAAUCUUUAAAGAGUAAGGAAAGCUUAAAAUUAAAAAAAAAUGAAAAGGAACAACAAAUAAAGUUGCAACAAAAAGAAAUGCCACUGAAUAUACCAGCCGAGCUCGAUAUCAGUAACGAUUUAAUUAACGAUAAUUACGGUCAGCCAUUAUCUGAAGUGGAACUUUUCGAAACAACACCAUGGAAUUCGUCAGAUACAUCUUUGAUGGAUAAUGAUACCUCUAAAACGGAAGUGGUGGUGGCGGUGAAUAAUGAAUGCUAUUUAGAUACUUUUAAUGUUGUUGAAGGACUGAACAAAGCUUGUCCAAAAGAUAACAUUGAUUUAAGCAUUAAGUCAAAUAUUGAUGAAGAAUCAUUGCUGGACACUCAAAACGUUUACCAAAAGGCUAUUGAUGCCAAAACAUUAGAUAAUACUUCUGACCAAUCAAAAGCAAUAACUGAAAUUGUAACAACAGCCACCACUUUUGAAUCUUCGAAAACUAAGAUUAACGAAUUUAACAUAAUGAAUGCAAUAUCACAGGAAAAGCAAUGCGUGUCCACAUCGGCAGACGCCAAUGCAAUUAACGUUAAUAAAGAAAUUAAUGACAUUGAACAAGAACAAAAUGCAAGUAUUAUAAAUAAAGAAACUCAGGUUGAUUUUAAUGAAAUUCAGCAAAACGUAAAGAUAGUGAAAAGACAUGAAAACACUUUUAAAGCAGAGCAUGAAGUAGAUGAUAAUAUUGAUAAAAAAGAUCACAGGUAUGAUGACAAAAAAAAUGCUAAGUCAUUGAAUAGCAUUAUCGAAUAUAUGCCUCCAACAUCAAAUAAAGUUAUGACUAAUCAAUUAUCCGAAGAGUUAAGUAUACUAAAAACUAUACAACAUACCACCGAAUCAAAUAUUAAUAGAACCUCAACUCAAACAAAUCAAAGUGUACAUACACUAACCUGCCUAACAAAAGCAGCUCUUAAAGAAUACUCCUCACCUGAAUGUACUAUAUCACGUCUUCAUUUAAGAUGUCGCAGAAAAACUGUACAUGAAGAAAUUACAAGGGGAACUAAAAUGACUAAUGAAAAGAGAGCCAGGAGAGGCAGUAAACAUCCGUUUGAGGAAACAAAUUCUAAUUUAGAAUCUACCACACGGUUAGAGAUACAACGUUCAUUGAGCGAUUUCUCUAAGCUAGUGCCAAUAACUGUGACUGAAACAAUAGAUAAUGAAACCAAAAACAAUAAUUUUUACGGAAGUUAUAAUGAAUUGAAUUUAACCGUGGGAAAGAACUGCAAAAAACCAGCAAAAAGAAAGAGUUGUGAAGUUGGGAAAAAGCGUAAUUCGAUUAGAGAUUGUUAUGUGCGCUUACAAAAAAUAAAGACGGAUAACAAAUCAAUACUUAUUGCUGAAACUGAAACCUGGUCAGAACCCACAACAUAUUUGAAAAAUGAAACUAGUUUAAGAAUUAAUGAAAAUAUUGAAAUAAAAUGUAAAGAAGAAUAUUUACAGAAAAAUAUUGUAAAUGGUGUUGAAAAACUGAAAUUGGAUAAUAAAUCGGACUUAAUUGAAGAAUGUAGUCCAAGUAAAAAAUACAAGUCUAUUGAAGAUGUUGAAGAUAGUGAGUUAGGAGAAUGUCCAAAAGAAGUAAAUACACAUGAGAAUAAAAUUAAUGGCAAUAAUGAAAAACGUAGUACUGUUAAAACAUGUUUUAACAAUAUGCUAAAACAACAUGAAGAACCUGCAGUUCCGCUAAACAAACAUGAGUCUAAUGCAGUUCCAUUAAAUCAGCAUGAGGAGAACUCAGUUCCAAUAAACGAAUAUAAAUUAAAUUCAGCUCCGUUAAACAAACAUGAGUCAAAUUCACUUUCAUUUAACGAAAUUGAGGCGAAUUCAAUUCCGUUUAACGAGUAUGACGAGAAUUUAGUUCGAUUAAAUAAACAUGACGCGAACACAAUUAUAUUAAGCGAAUAUGAUGGACAUUCAGUGUCUUUAAAAGGACCUGAGGCUUAUUCAAUUUCAUUAAACGGAAAUGAGACAAAUUCAGUUCCAUUAAAUAAACAUGAUACGAAUUUAGUUUCAUUAAAUGAACAAGGAACGACUUCAGUUCUGUUAGAUGAACACGAGUCAAAUCUAGUUUCAUUGAUUAAACAAGAUACGAAUUCUAAUUCAUUAAACAAACACGAGUCAAAAAUGGUUACAUUGAAUGAACAUGAAUCAUGUUCAGUGUCUUUAAAACACGAAGAGAAUUCAGUUCUAUUAAACGAACAACAGUCAAAUACAGCACCAUUAAAAGAACAUCAGGCGAAUUCAGUUUCAUUAAAUGAAUAUGCGCCAACAAUUCCAGUAAACGAACUUGAGGCGAAUUUAGUUCCACUAAAUGAACAUGAGGCGAAUUUAGUUCCAUUGAAUGAACAUGAGUCGACUUCACCUCUAUUAAUAAAACAUAAAACAGAAUGCAUCGAAAAAGAAAUACCCGAAGUAGUUAAAAGUAAAAGUAAUGUAGAAAGUAUACUAAUUACUUCUAACGAAAUUGUUCUCAAUAAUAACAACACUGUGGCACAGCCUGUUUCACAAAAAGUUCGUUUAAUUCUCCAACGAAAACGGGGAGCUCGAUACAAAUGUCGUAGUACUGUUGAAGAAGAUUCAAAAAUAUUAAAAGAAACUGUUGUUCGCAGAAGUAGAAGGCAAGAACUCAAAAAGCAAGUGCAAGAAACUGAUUUAUAUGAAGAUUUGAUACAGCCUAGUGAAGUUGCCGUUGAGAAGUCCAUAACCUACACACAUGAAGCUAAAAAAAAAUUUAAUUUAAGUCCGUGUAAAAGUAUGGUGGUACCAGCAGAAAGUAGUGUUACAGUAACUCCAAUUCACUCACCGAGUAAUAAGACAUUAGCCUUUGAUGAAUUAUAUAAAGAAAAUUGUGCGAAUGAUUCCAAUAAAAUCCAAAACGUAAAUAAAACGCCAAAAGAACUUAUUGUAAAAGUACCAUUAAGUGUUUUAACAGAAGAUUUUCAACGAAGUUGUACAAUCAGACAUUCAGAUAAUGAUGAAUCAGAAUCAUUUGCGGGAAGCAGAAAUUACGUAUAUCUACAUGAAGCUCAAUUUAAAAACAGCAAGUCGAAUGGCAGCGCUAAUGAGAAACCAACGACCACAACAACAGAAAAUUUUUGCAUAAGUGCUCCAGCAGACUGCUCCGAUACUGCUGGAGCACAUAUUACAACAGAGAAAUCAAUCAGCAGAGUCCUAAACAAUGAAUGCCAUGUAUCCAAUGAUUCUAAUAAUUUGUCAGCAAAAUCAAAUGAAUUGCUCUCGCCGCUACCCUGUAGUCCUGGUAAUUGCAGUAGCAGUGACGAUCUUGAAGUUUCAUAUCAGAGUAGUAUAAGUAAUAAAGCAGACAUUAAUACAUCUUCUGCAGAUAGUAUGGAAUCUUUUGAUAAUGUAUCUAGCAAUGAUGGGUCUUGUGCAAUAAAAGCGUCCUCAAAAAUUCAUGAUUUCAUUAAUGAAUUCCAAACGAAUUGUAUUGAUGCGUCUGAAAUUGAUUCACCUGAGCAAUCAUUGAGUACACAUGUUUUGUAUGAUUCAAAAGGAGACGAAACUGAAAAUGUCACAUUUUCAAAUUCAAUACAACAGGAUAUACCAACGGCCCUAAGUGACACAAAUCUGAAUGAAAUGCAAGACGUGGAAAACACACUUAAUGGCAUUUUAAAUGAAAUGCAAGACCAGCAUAUAUACACACCUGUGUCAUCGCAUACGGAUGACUUCUUCAAUCAAUCAGUAUAUUCACCAUUAUCUGAUGCACAAGUUACGCCGGCGCAUAGUUCAUAUGCGAAUAGUCCGACCGGUAGUACUGCUGCAGAAACAUAUGCAGUAAACUCCCAAGCUGUAGAGAGUGUAACAACUCCUAAUGAAGAACAUAAAAGUUCAAAUAUUUUUGAAAGCAAUUUCCCUACCUAUAAUGAAUGCUUCACCGAAGAUAGUACCCAAUCGGAGUUAAUUGGUUUUCAAAAUGAUAUACCUUGUUUUGAGAAUAUUGAAUUAUCAUCAAAUACAAAUACUACAACAAAUACACCUGUUCACAAUUCGGAAAGGGAAUUAGUUUAUAAAAAUGGAUUAUAUCAUUCCGAAAAUGGCAUUGGAAAUAUAAGUUUAAACAGUACUGGUGAAUUAAAUUGCACAGAUAUUGCCUCAGAUGUAGAACAAGAUUGUACUACAAGCGCAGAAGCGUUCUCACCUGGUUUGCAAGAAGUAAACACGGGUUUUAUUGAAGGUGCAGAAAAAGAAUACGUUUUAGAUAAUACAUCUGUACAAGUGAAUCAAAUAUUGAAUGAGUUUGACCAACCAGAUAAAAACUCAAUAGUACAUACAAAGGAAGAAGCACAAGAGCAACAAAUUGAUCAUCAACGAAUUCCAGAAUCUCAAGUGACUCAACAAGUUGAGCAACAGCAGUACCAACAACAGCCACUUCUUCAUCAACAACAACCCCAACAUUCACAACAUUCGCCACAACAUCAACCCCAACAUUCACAACAUUCACCACAACAUCAACCCCAACAUCAAUCCCAACAUCAACCUCACCAGCAACUUCAACAGCAACCUCACCAGCAGCUACACCACAUACGGCAAAUAUCGCAACAACAAUUUCAACAUCAACCAUUUCAGAAUGUGCAACAAUUGCAACCAUCGCCGCCAAUGUUGCGAAUGCAAAUGGAUAAUGUGCCAAUAUCAUCAGCAGAUUCUAUGGCAGGCAUUUGUAAGCCAAUGAUGACUCAACUAGUUAAUAGUGGCAUGAACAAAGUAUUGAUGCCACAGCCUUCACAAACGGAAUUAGUUGGGCAAAAUUUGCCCAGUAACGCUAAGAUACAACUGAUUACUUUGUCCAACGGAACAACCGCAGCAAUCGCACAAAUACCACAAAAUACUACACAAAAUACGCAAUUAAAUACAAAUGCCUUGAAUAUUGGAAAUGGUAAUGCACGUCUUAAUCUCUAUACAACAUUAACUCCGCAUGGCAUACAAUGGGCAGCACCUGCAGUUGCCAACACUAUGAAUCCACUCGCAAGACAAGCAACUGGCAACAACACAACUACAUAUUAUAUCAAUGCUAAUUUAUAUCAACACAAUUUAAUAGCCAGAAACACAAUACAUAACCCAGUGCAUGGUCCACAUCUAGCACAAGGUUCACAUUUACUACAAUCUCCACAUCCAGCACUUGCUACUCAACCAACACAACAUCCUCUUAGUAGUACUCUAAAUGCACCCACAAGUACUGCAACUACAGUCCGUACUCAAGUGCUGUCUGAACGGGAAAAGAGUUCAGUUGAUGCGAAUGAGAACUACAUUGAAGGCAUGCAAAAUCAGCCUAUUAUGAUUGUAAUACCGCACACCAAUGCUGCCUCAGGCACAAACUCAACGCAACUAUAUCCGGUAAAUAAUGAGCUAAGUACAUUAAGAUUAGCACCUCAGACGCAACAAACAGUUUUACUACAGACAUCACCGCUACGUAAUACCAACUCUACACAAUUCAUAACCACGCCUGUUAACUCACCGUCCUCCAAUCACAACAGUCAGAAAACAUUGUCCCAACAACAAAUGCAACAGCAACAAAUGUUACAAGAACAAAUAAAAAUACAACUGCAACAACAACAAAUUCAGCAACAGCAACAGCACCAGCACCAACAACAACAGCAAAAACAAGAACAUUUACUAGAACAAUCAAAACAACAACGCCAACAAAAAGCACAAAAGCAACAACAACCAAAACAACGUCAAACCAGAAAGAAUGCAAAGAUGCGUUGCGAGCCACAACAACAACAACAGCAGCAACAACAGCAGCAGCAGCAGCAACAACAAGAAACACAAGUAAAAGAGGAAAGCGAGCAAAAACAGAAAGUUAAUCUUACGUGCCGUUUUUGCCAUAAGCGUGUAAAAUUUACUAAUAAUCUGGACUACAGCAAGCACAUCAUCGACACGCAUCCCGCUGAAAAUCCAUUUAAUUGUCCCCAUUGUCCUAUGCAUUUUACGCGACGUGCUAAACAGCAACAACAUUUGCGGGAAGCGCACGGCUCGAAUCGCUUCCAAUGCGCUCAGUGUAAUGAGAGCUUUUGUGCUCAACGUAAAUUAGAUUUGCAUUUGCAACGUUAUCAUGCGCCAGAAUCAUUGCCACAACACCAGCAACAACAGCAGCAGCAACACCAGCAACAACACCAGCAACAACAACAGCAGCAACAACAUCUGUAUGAACAAACGCAGCAGAAUGCAACGUGGCAGCAAGAUACCUCAAGUUCACAACAGUCGCUAGUGCACGUGGAAGAUGUUCAUCUGCAUGUCAGUGAAGAGAGUAAAGAUGUUAAUUUGUCUUUGAAAACUAACGAUCAAAUAGCUAUAAAUACUUCGUCCAGUUCAAAACCUCAACAGCAACUUAUACUUUGCUGUCCAGACUGCGAUGAAACUUCAGAUAAUCAUAAUGCCAAUCAUCAAUGCCAAAAUACACAAACAACUCAAACAAUGCAUUUGACAAUGCCCUCACCUGAACAAACCGAACCGGAUUCUACGUCUAAUACUCUGCGACAAUAUCGUAAACGUCGUGCAUCUGUGAAGUAUUAUAUCAAUGAUGAUAUUUAUGCUUCUUCACAUGCUGUUAAUUCGCCAUCUCCAUCUGCACCCACCACAUCAACAAAUUCACCACCGACCUCUUCGGCGAAAAAAGAACAAAUGCAAAAAGAACGCAUUGUGCGCGGUAGUAAUAAUUGUAUCUACUGCGAUGAGCGAUUUACUAAUGAUAUAGCGCUGCGAAAACACCAUCAACUAGCGCAUAGUAAUCAGUCUGUAUUGCCGCCCAUGUGCUCUACAUCCAAGCGAGGUUUUCGCAUGCGAAACGCUCUACAACGUCAUACGGAGAGUCAUGACAGUGAAGGGCGUCCGUAUGAAUGUAAUCUCUGCUUAGUAAGUUUUCCACGUCGUUCACAACUAACGCUGCACAAAUUAACCGUGCAUUUCUUGCAGAAACCUCACGUGUGUAAUGAGUGCGGCAAGCAAUUCGCCACUGAAAGUGCGCUUAAAACGCACACUAAAUUCCAUGGAGCUCACAUUAAAACUCAUGCUCCACUUGGUAUGUACAUGGAAGAGACUGGACCAAUUUUAAAUGACGUACAACAAAAAGAACACAUACAACAACAGACACAGUUUGUGUCCACAGCCACAGUAACAAAUACAACAAAUGAAGCUGAAGUUCAAAUUCAAACACAACACCAACAGCACCUUCCCCAAAUUAUGGAGACAACUGUAACUCCAAUACCACCCUAUACAUCCUAGUAUUUUUACGUGAUCUAUAAAUAGACAAAAUCAUAAUCUUUCGCAAAUUUUAAAAUUAAAUUUCAAUGCAAACAAAGUUUUUAAAAUUAGAUAUUAC